AUGAGCUGCAACGGAUGCCGAGUUCUCCGAAAGGGCUGCAGCGAAUCCUGCAUGCUCCGCCCUUGCCUCCAGUGGAUCGAAACCCCCGAAGCCCAAGGCCACGCCACCGUCUUCGUCGCCAAGUUCUUCGGCCGCGCCGGCCUCAUGUCCUUCAUCUCCGCCGUCCCCGAUUCUCAGCGUCCCGUUUUGUUCCAGUCUCUGUUGUUUGAAGCCUGCGGCCGUACGGUCAACCCGGUCAACGGCGCCGUGGGGCUGCUCUGGACCGGCAACUGGCACGUGUGCCAGGCCGCGGUCGAGACCGUGCUCCGCGGCGGCACGCUGCGGCCGAUACCAGAGCUCCUCGGCGGCGGCUCGAGUUCCGACGAAGCCUCCGACGGCGACGGCGGCGGCGGCGUCAACAACUGUACGGACAUGUGGAGGCUCCGAGAUCCGAGCCACAACUCCGGUUCUUCUUCCCGGUUCACCAGCUCCCGGUCCGCCAGGGCUUCCUCUCCGAAACGCAAGCGAUCCGCCGACGACGAGUCGUCCACAAAGGUGCUUCAGCUCCAGCACCAUGCGGAUCUGGAUCUGCGGUUGACUCCGAGCCUUACUUUCAAACCGAAGCCCAAACCCGAGACCCGACGAGCCGGAACGCCGUCUAUGAACUCCGAGGAGUCGGUGGUCACCACGUGCUUCGAGAGCGGCUUGCCAGAUAAUCAUCAUCAGUAUAACCGGCACUCUUAUGGAGUCGGAGCAGAGAGAAAGCUACUCAACUUAUUCCCUUGA